GGUUUGCAAGGCACAGAAGAGCAAGGCACGUGUAAUGGGAUUCGUAGGUCCAAAUUCUUUUUUGCUGUAAGGCAGCUAGAGGUCUCCAAGUGCUCCGAAGAGAUCAAGAACUACAUCGAGGAGCGGUCGGGCGAGGACCCGCUGGUGAAGGGGGUUCCCGAGGACAAGAACCCCUUCAAGGAGAAGGGAGGCUGUGUCAUCGCUUAG